UGUGUUCAAUCACUGCUCAUUUCAUUCACCUGGAAUAGUCAACUCUGAACGUCUGCAAUAGUUGCGCAGAGAAAGUUGUUUCAGUAGCCUACUUUGUAUUGUUUGAAGAGAUGAACUUAUGAAGACAUUUUCCUACGGAUUUACAUUUCAUUGGCUAAGCCUACACACACACAUAUAUAUAUUUGUCUAAGUUGUAAUAAAAGAAUGAAAGCGCACAGAAAAGUGUUCAGGUUCCUGGUGUUGCUUGUCGUCGUCUGGUUGUUCGUCAUAUCCGUCAUCAUCUACAGUACAGUGUUCACUUCUGAUACUCAACCAGCAGCCGAGAAUAAGAGAGACCAGGACAUAUAUCGUUUGAUUGUGAAUAAAGAGCUGCUUCAGCAUGUCGCAAACCAUUUGGUGCAUAACAAAUCAAUGCAACAGUUUUUGGCUUCAAAGCUCAAUCUGACUCAAAUGGAAACAACCAAAACAGUCAUGCUGCCAAAUCCACAGAAUUCGUAUCAGUUUUAUCAACAAUUUUGGCCAGCAAAGGCCGACCCGACAAGUCCAGGUUUCGGCGGUCGUGGCGUGACCAUCAAUAAGACCAAUUUAUCUGAGAGGGAUAAGAUUAUCUUCGACACAGGGUAUAAUGUUUACAAGGUGAACUUAUUGGCCAGCGAAGUCAUUCCAUUAAGAAGAGACAUACACAUUGACAUGCCAGAAUGUCAAACUGUACAGUACAACGUCUCGAGUCUGGCACGUGUUGGUAUAGUGUUGAUAUUUCAUAAUGAGUUGUGGUCAGUGAUGCUCAGGACAGUCUACAGUUUACUGGACGCCUCACCAGAGGAGCUUAUUAAUGAAAUUAUUUUAGUAGACGACGCCUCUGAUAAAGAGUUUCUAUGGAAACCGUUAGACGAGUACAUCAAGAUAUUCGGAGGCAAAGUGAAGCUCAUUCGUCUGCCAACAAGAAGCGGUUUGAUCCGAGCCAGAAACGUGGGCUUCGAUCACGUGACAGGCUCUGUGGCUGUUUUCUUAGAUGCUCACGUUGAAGUCCACAAAGGUUGGUUAGAGCCCCUGCUACAGCGAAUCAAAGAAGAUGACAAGGUGGUCGCAGUGCCACAGCACGAUCAAAUUAACUGGGACACUUUCAAAUUUGAGUUUAAACCAAACGCAGAUCACCAAAUAGGAGGAUUUGAUUUUGAUCUGACAUUUAAUUGGAUCGGGCCACCCCCACUACCAGACGGCGUUGUUAGGAAAACACUGGCUGACCCAGUCAGGACACCUACACACUUGGGUUGUUGUUUUGCUAUUACGAAAGACAACUUCAACAGACUCGGCAGAUAUGACCCUGACCUUGAUAUCUGGGGAUGUGAAAAUUUAGAGUUGUCAUUCAAGAGCUGGAUGUGUGGUGGCAGUUUGGAGGCUAUCCCUUGCUCCCAUGUUGGUCAUCUCUAUCGUCCAGCUUUUCCUUACAGCUGGGGCACGCAGAAAGAUACUUUAAUUCGAAAUUGUCUUCGAGUAGCAGAAGUCUGGCUGGAUGAGUAUAAGGAAGUUUAUUACGACAGAAUUUCAAAUCUACAAACCGGUGUUGACAUUGGAGAUAUAAGUGCCAGGAAGUCGCUGAGAGCAAAGUUGCAAUGUAAGUCCUUUGAUUGGUACGUGAAACACGUCUACCCUGACCUAUAUAUACCAGUCAACACCACAGCAACAGGAAAGAUCUCCAGCGAGAUGGAUCAAACACUGUGUAUUUCCAUGGAUGUACACUGGCAGAGCAUCAACAAGAUUCCAUCCAUUGUCAAGUGUAACAGUCGAGAUCCCAAACAGCAUUUCUUCCUGAGCAAAGAAAGACAAAUUCGGCGUGACGACGGCUGUCUUGUGUAUGACCAAGCUAGCAAUAAGGUAGUAAUGGGAUGGUGUAGGCACUCCAACUCACAGUGGGGCUACACACAGGCAAAUACAUUGGUGGCUUUAGGAACUAAUCAAUGCAUGACCAUGUCCACCAACACCUGGACAGUGGGGAUGUCAACUUGCAAUGAUCACGAUGGACAUUUGAAAUGGUUGUGGCCAAGGAAAUCUGUCAUUCUUUGAACAAAAUCCUCACAUUUGUCAGCAUCCUUAUACGAUAUCAGUUUUCGAGCGUAGUCUGUUUAUUACCAACUUAAAAUGUCUUCAAAUUGAAAUCGGCCAUUUAAAAUAAUGAUUCGAGUGGCUACAAAUUUUACUAACAUAACCCUACGUUCCACAUUAUCCUAUUGGUCACAUGAUAAAGAAUAACUAAUGUAUAUGUUGUAUCAACAUAUCAGCUAAAAUGGUGUCGACAUUUAUGUGUGUAUAUGUCUACAUCUGCAUAGGUAUAUGUUGACAUCUGCAUGGGUAUAUGUUUACAUUUGCAUGUGUAUAUGUUGACAUCUGCAUGUGUAGGUAUGUUUACUCAUAGGGAAGAACUGUUAACGUAUGUUUCUCUGUGUGUGUGUGUGAAAGAGAUGGAUUCGAAACUUGACUUUGUAAGUGAGAGAGAAGGAAAUAAAGAGCGAGAGAGAUGGAUGACAAAUCUUAAAUGUGUGUGUGUGUGUGUGAAUGGGAAGAAAAAAAAAGAUGUAAAGAAAAGUUCUAUGUUGAUUGUCAAUAAAACGUCUACAAUUAAAUUGUCAAUUUCAAUAUGACUAGAUGAUGAAGAUUUUCAAUGACGCUUUUAUUUGUGAAUUGUGGCGCCUAUAUUUGCAAUACAGCAUAUGCAUAAUUGUAUAACCACAGGUCUUCCGUUAUAAUUGUAGGCCUAUAACUUAACCACAAGUCCUCUGGUUUAAUUGUAUAACCGCAAGUCUUCUAAUAUAAUUGUAUAACCACAAGUCUUCCGUUGUAAUUGUAGGCCUAUAAUUUAACCACAAGUCCUCUGUUAUAUUUGUAUAACCUCAAGUCUUCCCAUAGAAUUGUAUAACAAGUCCUCCGGAUGUUUUUCUAAAGGUUUUUGUUAAGUGAGAAGGUCUUUCCAUCUUUUAAAAAAAAAAUUUUUUUAACUGUUUUCAACGACAGUCAGAUUUAUUUAAUUUAUUUUUUUAUGUCAGAGAAAACUAAUUAUUUCAGUGACUGACUCAGGGAGACAACUAGUUUCUCUCAAUCAAAGCUUGCUAGACGUGGGCAUGUUCGUACAUGGAGACAGUCCAUAAAUACCUAGCUUUUUGGCAAAUCCGUAUAAUUUGUGAGCACUUUUCAGUAGUGUAGAAUCAUUCAAUUAAGCAAU